UCAACAUCUAUCGCGGUAAUUUCGCACGAGGCAUCGAGGCAUCGGAUGGCUCCGUUGUUUGGUUGUAUGUCUGGUUCGGUCCUGGUCUCCAAACACGAGUACAGAAUUUUGAAAUAGUUCUUCGCUGGCGCCGCGUAAAGAAAGAAUGGGUUUCUUUCCGUGAGGCUCGGGCCAACAGAGAGUCGUCUCCGCUCUUACCAGUGUCAGUUCGAAGAUAAAUCACUUUCAUCAUUGGCCUACCAGAAACAACGUUGUCGUCGUCGUGGUCGCUGUUUCGAAAAAAACAAACAGUUCUGAACAAGAAGUGCAUCAAUUUAGCUGUCUUGUGGUGUUGUGUUUGGUGUCAGUGGAUGAGCUUACUGGCAGCUCCUCCUAUCCGUUGAUUGGCGGAAUCACACAGAUCAAGCGACUGGCUGCUGGACCGGUGUGUACGGUCCCGCGAGGAUUCUACCUCGGUACCAAUUUUGUGACGGUCCAGCGCACCAAGCACCCAGUUGGGACCUAUUGCCGAUCAGCAGUCAAGAUGAACAUGAUCAGAUUAUUCGUGGCUGGCGUUCUUCUCACUAUGGACAUUUUGUGCGAACACUUGGUGGAGUUUAUGUCUAAUUAUGAAAGAGAUUCGAAGAUCAAAUACUCCUUCCGAUACUACAUUGAUCACCCUCAGUCUGGUGUUGCAUUGGAUCACUGGGAGAAUCGCCAAGGCGAUUACGUUCAUGGAGGCUAUGGUGUUCUGGAACCAGGAGGAGUCGCGAGAACCGUUCAUUAUGAAGUGGAAGGGGAUAGCGGCUUCCGCACUGUAAUAAAAACCGCAGCGCCAGGGAGUUCAUCGCAGUACAAUAUCCACAGUGGCAAGAAAUCCCAACCUCCGCAGCCACUAUGGCACACCAAGCCGGUCGCAUUCGUGCAGAGAGAAAACAAGUCUUAACAUUCCACCUUUUCCGACGGAAAGGAUCCCACUAGCCUAGUGCCACACUGCCGGCUGGAACUGCUGGACUGCAUCGAGCGUUCAACCGGUUAAGCACCUCACAUUUCUUUUCUGCCCAACAACCCCACCUUUCAUCGCUGCAGGGUUGCGCAACGAUCAGCACUUUCUUCGUAGCCGUCAACAACCCGUAACCCAACAAUUUCGUUUGCAGCAAAGCUUCUGUCCUCUGUGGAACUGUCACCGAGUGGCAGGGUCAUUUACUGCCACGCAAUAAUCGUCUGUACGUGUAGAAUUAAUGUAAAUAAAGUAAUAUGUCAAGUGAGAAACAAAUUCAUUGAGUGUACAUUCCUGAGGCGGGCGCUUGCCUGACAGAAGGGCGGAAGAUUUAUGCCAUCGCUUUUCAAUUCCCUAGCUGUCUACUGAACACAUCUCCGCUUGAGCAAACAAGGGUCAUAAAAUAUAUGAGAAUAAAUAGCAUUGGUUCACACCGAUCCAUCCGAUGCUAAGUUUGCGCAAUACAUUUGACGAUCAAUGUUAAAUAGAUACAAGUGCAUUGGAUCCUAACAGAAUACCAUCUUAUGCACGUGAACCGGAAUGCUAUGGAUGGUGACCAAUCACGGCAAAAGAUGUGAUCAUUUCAUUGAAACUUCUAAGUUGGUAUUGAAAUCCGAAUGAGGCAAUCAAAAUACAAAUUAGAGACCUCGGGCCUGGGAACCGCUGAAGUAUUUCAGUAA